AUGGACCCUGUACCGGCAGCAGUUGACGCCUGCUCCCCUGCAAACCCCUCCGCGCCCCCAGGCCCUUUGACUCACCUGAGCCCUCCGCACAGCUCGGAGGCGCGGCCGCCGAGCGGAGCCGAUGGGGCGAGCCUCCCGGGCAGCUGGACCAGUUGCCAGCCUGCCCCCGGUUACCCCCCAGAGCAUGUCACGGUUCCUGAGGGAAGUGUAUGCCAAAGCCUCAGCAACAGUGAGCAGACUGCGUGGAUCCUGCAUGCUGCUAUGGCUAAAAAAUCAUAUGGAAAUGAGAGAAGCUUUAGGUUCUUCUGCCCCCCGCCCUGUGUCUACCUCGCAGGUCCCGGCUGGAGGGUGAAGCCAGUGCAAGGCCAAGCCCACCAGCCAGGGGAAACCGGACCCACGGUCUGCGGUUACAUGGGACUGGAUGGCGCGUCCGGCAGCGCCGCCGAGACGCAGAAGUUGAAUUUCGAAGAGCAGCCAGACUCCAGGGAAUUCGGUUGCGCCAAGACCCUGUACAUCUCGGACGCAGACAAGAGGAAGCACUUCCGGCUGGUGCUGCGGCUGGUGCACCGGGGGGGCCGGGAGCUAGGCACCUUCCACAGCCGCCUCAUCAAGGUCAUCUCGAAGCCCUCGCAGAAGAAGCAGUCGCUGAAGAACACUGACCUGUGCAUAUCCUCGGGCUCAAAGGUCUCCCUCUUCAACCGCCUGCGCUCCCAGACGGUCUCCACGCGCUACCUGUCCGUGGAGGACGGCGCCUUCGUGGCCAGCGCGCGCCAGUGGGCUGCCUUCACGCUCCACCUGGCUGAUGAACACUGUUCCCAGGGGGACUUCCCGCCUCGAGAGGGCUACGUCCGCUAUGGCUCCCUAGUGCAACUUGUCUGCACUGUCACGGGCAUCACACUACCUCCAAUGAUCAUCCGCAAAGUGGCCAAACAGUACGCACUCCUCGACGUGGACGAGCCCAUCUCCCAGCUGCACAAGUGUGCGUUCCAGUUCCCCGGUGAGCCUGCCGGAGAGGGUGGCACUUACUUAUGCCUCGCCGCAGACAAGGUGGUGCAAUUCCAGGCCUCCCCCUGCCCCAAAGAGGCGAACAGGGCGCUGCUCAAUGACAGCUCUUGUUGGACCAUCAUCGGUACCGAGUCGGUGGAGUUCUCCUUCAGCACCAGCCUGGCGUGGACCCGGGAACCCGUCACCCCAGUGCCCCUCAUCAGCACCCUGGAGCUGAGUGGUGGGGGAGACGUGGCCACGCUCGAGCUCCACGGCGAGAACUUCCACGCGGGGCUCAAGGUGUGGUUCGGGGACGUGGAGGCCGAAACCAUGUACAGGAGCCCGCGGUCUCUGGUGUGCGUGGUGCCCGACAUCGCCACCUUCGGCAGCGACUGGCGCUGGCUGCGCACACCCAUCACAGUGCCCGUGAGCCUGGUGCGCGCCGACGGCCUCUUCUACCCCAGCGCCUUCUCCUUCACCUACACCCCCGAGUACAGCGCGCGGCCCGGCCCCCCGGGCGCCCCCGAACCCGCAGCCGACGCCGACGCGCUGCUCGAGAGCAUCCACCACGAGUUCACGCGCAGCAACUUCCACCUCUUCAUCCAGACUUAG